CCGUGGGGAAGAUGAGCUGCCAAAGGUACCCCGUGAAUGUGAAAGCUGUUGGCUUCAUGCAGUGCAGAAAACAGAAGAACUACAUGAUGUUUGUGUCCUGGUCGGAUCAGAACAACAUUCUCAUCUACAGGACGUUUGAAGACUUUAAGAAAUUCCAUAAAGAGCUGAAGAGAAAAUUCCCCACUGAGAGUGGGUCACUGAGGAGUUUACCCAGGUUUAAAGGUAUAACUAUGCAGCAGAGGAAGGGUGGGAAGCUGAACAGGUGCCUGGAGAUCCUGAAACUGCUGGAAACGUAUUCCCAGGAGCUGCUGAAAACAGAUGUGAAAAUCUCCCGGGGGGAAGAGGUGAAUCAGUUUUUCAAGGCACAGACUCAAGACCUCGAUCCAUCCUUCCCUGAAAACAGCGUUGUGAUCAUGCCAUCAGUAUUCAGAAGGGAGAAGAGCCCCCAGCCCCUCUCCAUCACCCUCCCCCAGGCGUCACAGAGCUACCGCUGCAUCAAGGCCUUCGAAACCAAAGACACAAAGAACAAACCCUUCACAGUGGCUCAGAAGGAGAUUGUGGAAGUGCUAAUCAAGGACAUGACUGGCUGGUGGCUGGUGGAAAAUGCAGACAAGCAGCUAGCCUGGUUCCCAGCCUCAUACCUGGAAGAGCUCGAUGCCUGUGAGGACAUCCAGACUGCCCUCAGCUCCAACGAGGAGGGCAGCCUGUACUUUGUGGUGCAGGCCUACGAGGCUCAGAACUCAGAUGAGCUCUCACUGAACCAGGGGGUGGUCGUGGAGGUGCUCAGGAGAUCCCACAAUGGCUGGUGGCUGAUCAGGUACAAUGGCUGCACUGGCUACAUGCCCUCUCUGUGCCUCAGGCCCUACCAGAACCCUCACCACAAGCUCCAGACCAUCCUGAGCUGCAGCCUCAACUCCUCCACCCCGAACCUCAGCUCCCCACAGCCCCGGGCCGAGCCUGUGGCCCAGCCCAGCAGAUCCCACUCUCUGCCCAGGGCCAGCUCCACCCCACAGCUGGAUCUGGAUUUGGAUUUGGAGAGCUCUUCCCUGAGCCCGGGGAGCAGCAAUGGCGGGGAUUGGAAACCCGACUUGUCACGAUCCCUGCCCGAGGUGGAGCAGGCCCCGAGCUCUCCUGGCCCGGCCCCGCACAGCAGCAAAUCCCCACGGCUCGGUGCCAGGGACAGCAGCGACUCUGCCUUCGUGGAAUCCUCCAGAACCGAGCUCAGCUCGUCCCUCGCUGACCCCGAGCUGGCCACGGGUGUCCCCAAGGUGCCAGCCCGGCCCUCGGCCCACGAGAUCCUGCAGCGCUGCAGCACCGUCACCAAGAGAGCCCUGCAGCAAGCGGCCCCACAGCCCGGCCUGCCCAUCCCCGGCAGGAAUUAG